CUGCCAAGAGGUGCAACACUCCUUGGGACAAUUUUGUCAUCUGACAAGACCAAUAUCUCCAUGAUGAUGGGUGACACAGUUGCACAUCCCCUCCUCAUCAGCCUUGCUAAUAUACACAUAUCCAUGCAGCUGAAAUCAUCAUCUAAUGCUUUUGUUCUUACUGCCCUCCUCCCCAUACUGAAAUUUAUUUAUAAACAAAAAUGUAUGCAAGGUGUACUUGAAGAUCACCUAAUCCACGAAUGCUUGAAUAUCAUGCUAUGUCCUCUCAAGCAGGCUGCUUGUGAAGGAGUCAUGUUGUCUGAUCCUGUUGGGCACAGUUAA